AUGGCGUAUUUCAGAUCUUCUGCAUUCAAGUCCCUGUUGAGGACUCGGGCAUCGUCCCUGUGCCCCCAGCAAAGGCGCUGGGCCCAAGUGCACGAUGUCCGCUUCCUCGCCACACACCACGAUCCCAACCAAGUGCUGGACAGGUACCGCUCGAAACUCAAGCAGAAAGCCCAAGCGGAGGGACACGGAGACAUCGAUUCUUUGAAGGAAGCCUACAAGGAGAAGAUUGAAGAGUACCGUCACAAAGCAACAACUCCUCUUACUCCGGAGCCGCCCAAGUCCUCGCCCUCCCCGUCCAAGACCGGCCCUUCACCCCCUCCUCCUCCACCUACUCCCCAGGCUCGCGCCGCCUCCUCCGCCACAUCGACUGGAAUCAGACCUCUUGACUCGUUCAUCGACGUCGAGAAAGUGCGCAGCCUUCCGCCAAAGGAAAUCGAGGCCAUCUGGCGUCUUCGUUUCGCCAAUAACUCUCAUUCGGUCUGCGCCGCAAUUCCGGUAGAAAUAUACCAGCGCAUCGUCUCCGCCGCACGCAAGAACCCGCAAUUCGUUCUUCCCCUACCCCGUACGCAGAGUGAGGCGCAGACUGCGGAGGAGAACGCAGAAGCCGCCAAGGGCGGCGCGGACAUCCAUUUCCUCCAAUGGGGUUUCCAUCCUCCAGCGUCCCCGACCGCUUCUUCCGCUGCCUCGGCCAACGAUCACACUUCCACGAUUAUCUUCACAGCGUUGGCUUCGUAUCAGCUGCAUGGCUCGUAUGCGCAGCCGCAUACGACGAUCACGCAUUAUCUGGAUCUGGCGGAUGAGAAGGGUCUGGUUCUGAUGAAUGGGCAGGUGAUGCCUGAUUCCGGAGUAUCUGCUACAGAUGCCACCUGGCUGGUUAGCUGUGUUCAGCGGUUCUAUGACUUUGGGGGUCAGGCUAAUGGUCGGAAAGGCGAGCUUCUGCAGGCGUUCACUCGCGGUGACGUGCAGAACUUCAAGGUUGAGGACUUGAUGGCAGAGGCCGAGAAGUUGUAG